AAAUAUUAGCGAUAAAUCUUUGUUUGAAAUCACAGGAAAUUGUCAUGAUUUGCAAGAGUUUUAUUUUGCCAAAGCACAUCAGAUCACUGAUAAUUCUAUAAGUUACAUCUUAAACUCAUGCUUAAAUUUACGAAAACUUGAUAUUGCAUUUAGUCCCAUUAUUAAAAGAUCUCCAAAUUUAAGACAUAUAGAAAUCAGUGGUAAUGAUAUUGAUGAUAAGGUUACUGAAGCGCUGGCUCAUACUUAUCAUAAAUUAGAAUAUCUCGAUCUAA